AGAUCUCCCAUUGUUUCCACCAGCACCUCACCGCCGCCACCAUGUCGGCCAGACAGCCACGCUUCAACCAGCAAGUCCUCAUCGACACGACUCCAUUGCCGGACUCCAUCCCCAAGGUCGAGGAAAUCGGCGCUUCGUCUGCUCCUCUCCUCUCCGCCUCGUUCUUCAUCGGCGCCCGCUGCAAACCAUACAAUGACGACUUUAUGCACUGCAAGACCGAGUCCAAUGGCAAGGGCGAGUCAGACUGUCUGAAAGAGGGCAGGAAGGUCACGCGGUGCGCCGCCUCAGUGCUGGAUGAUUUGAAUAAGAGCUGCCUGGAGGAGUUCAGGAAGCACUGGCAGUGUCUGGAUCACAACAACCAGCAGCUGUGGCAGUGUCGGGGGCUGGAGCGGCGCUUGAAUAAGUGUGCUUUCGAGAAGCUGAACUUGGAGAAGAAGAUCCCGGGUGCGCCAGAGAAUGAGGUUCCUGUGCAUUUGCGAAAGAAGCAGAUAUACGCCCAUUCCAGAAUCGGUCAAUAGAUGUGUAAUGUACAGAGGAAUGAAUUGCAUGCGAGGCCUGCCCGUUGGCAACACUCUUGCUCGCCUUUUCGAGAAUCUUGUGCUCAGGUCGUGCCUGCAUUGCAAAUAGUUCUAACCGUGUUUCGUGGAUACUGACUACCUACUUCAACCAACAUCCAGAGCCCAAUACCAACACUAUCC